AUGGCAGGGACCCAGCCUGUUCGCCAGGCUGGGGACUCUGGGCGUCGCCUGGUGCUGGGCAGCGCCGGAGGCCUGGAGCUGCUGAAAUCCGCGGACGCGCGCAAGGAGGAGAUGCCCAUGGAGGAGGAGGCAGUGAGCGCGCUUCUGCAGGCGGAGCCCUGGUCAGCUGUGAUCUUCGCGGAUGGCCUCUUGAGAGACAGCGCUUGGGCGCUGAAGGCCUCGCAGGAUGCCUUGCCAGGAGGCGGCAAGAGCGACGUGGCCGUGCUGGAGCGAGCGAUGGUGCUGGCCAAGGCCGCGGCGAAGCUGGGGACCAAGGCGCCGCUGGUGGUGUUCGCUACCUGGGGCUCCCAGCCCGAGACGAAAGGCCAAGGCGUUCCGGACCACAGCGGGCUCUGGGGCUUUGCGCGCGCCCUGCGCAUGGAGUAUCCAGGUUCUCUGAAGCUCAACUGCGUGGACCUAGACCCCUCCAAGGAGGAUCUUUGGGCGCAGCUGCGGGACCUACCGGAGGAGGAGGAGGUGGCACUCCGGGAAUCCGAACAGCGGGCGGCCAGGCUGGCACGCUCCGCGGUGAAGUUCUCUGGGGCGGUGCGCCUGAACAUGCCGGCGAGGGGCUCCUUGACGGGGCUGCGCUGUGUGCCCCAGGCAGACAGCGCGGUGCGCAGCGCUCCGGCACCGGGAAUGGCUCAGCUGCGGAUCCGCGCGGUGGGCCUGAACUUCCGGGACGUGCUUAACGUCAUGGGGCUCUACCCCGGUGACCCGGGACCCCCGGGCGCAGACUGCGGCGCCACCGUCAUCGGAUUGGGGGACAACGUGGCGCACCUCCAACUGGCAGAGGACGUUUUCGGGGAGUCCCCGGGAUGCUUGAGCACCUACAACACCAGCUCAGCAGCCCUGCUGUCGCAGAAGCCCAGCUCUUGGACUCAUGAAGAGGCCUGCUGCAUGCCCGUGAUCUUCGUCACCGUGGAGGAGGCCCUGGGAGACUUGGCGCAGCUGAAGAAGGGCGAGCGCGUGCUGAUCCACGCGGCCGCCGGAGGUGUUGGCCUCGUGGCCAUCCAGUAUGCCCAGUUUGUGGGCGCAGAGGUCUAUGCAACAGCUGGGGCUGAGGAGAAACACGAAUUCCUCAGGGGCUUGGGUGUGAAGUACAUCACCAGCAGCCGAAACGGAAGCAAGUUCGAAGAAGACAUGAAGCGCUUCAUGCAGGAGCAGGGAGCGGAUGGCAUCGACGUGGUGCUCAACAGUCUCAGCCACGACGACUACAUCGGCCGGUCCUUGGCGCUUCUGAAGCCGGGAGGUCGCUUCGUAGAGAUCGGGAAGCGAGGCAUCUGGAGCCACCAGCAGAUGUUCGAUGCUCGUCCGGAUGUCAUGUAUGAGAAGAUUGCAGCUGACACGAUGAUGGAGAAGGAGCCUUGGCGCUACAACGCCUACCUGAAGCGCUUGAAGGAGCGCGUGGAUCAGAAGGCCCUGCGGCCAAUCAAUAUGCACAUCUUCGAGGGCAUGGAGAGGGGCGUGCAGGCGCUGCAGUUCCUGCAGCGCGCUAACAACAUCGGCAAGGUGGUCAUCAGCUCCCCGAGCCGCCUGCAGUGCUCAGAGGGUUGGCCGCUGCUCAGCGGUGGCUUGGGGGCCUUGGGCGUGGUCACGGGGCUCUUCCUGGUGGAGGAGGGUGCCAAGGGCCUGGUCCUCACCAGUCGCUCCGGGCAACCGGCCAAGGAUGUUGGGCCUCAGUGGUCCUGGCUGCAGAAGAGUUCAGUGGAGCUAUGCAUCGAACGCUGCGACGUGGGCAGCGAGAGCUCGGUGGUCGCGCUGCGCGAUGCAUUGAAGAAGCGAGGAGCGGCGCUGGGUGGCUUGAUGCACCUGGCCGGGGUGCUGGCGGACGGGGUGCUGCCCAGCCUCACGCGGGAGAGUUUGGACAAGUCCUACGGCCCCAAGGUGCACGGCCUGUUGCACCUUUGCCGCCUGCUGGACUUCCAAAAAACUUCGCCGCACCUGCUCUUCUCCUCGACCUCCGCGCUCUUUGGAUCUCCAGGCCAGGCCAACUACUCCGCCUCCAACUCGGUGCUGGACUCCUUGGCGCCGUUUUGGAGUGCCCAGGACCCCGAGAGCGCCAUCUUCCGGAACGCCCGCUCGGUGCAGUGGGGCCCGUGGGCUGAAGUGGGCAUGGCGGUGCAGGCGAACACCUUGGGCCGCGCAAAGUCCAUGGGCGUGGGCGCUCUCAGCAACUCCCAGGGCCUGGCGGUGAUGAGCAGCAUCUUGUGCAGCUCGAACUUGGUGGUGGGCGCCGUCCCUGUGCGCUGGGGCAAAUACCUGAAGAGCGCCUAUCCGCAAGUUCCGAGCUUCCUGAAGGACUUCGAAGCCGAAGCCAAGCGGGAGGCUGCGGAGGCCCGCGCUGCCCGGGGCGAGACCUCCGGGGGCGGGGCGUCGGCGGCGCUGGCCGGGCUGUCCGGGGAGGAGCGUUUGCAGGCCGUCCAACUCAGCCUGCGAGACCUCGCGCGAGAGGUCAUCGCCUCCGAGAACCUCGAGGCGGACAACCCACUCAUGGAGUCGGGCAUGGACUCCCUCUCAGGUGUGGAGUUCCGGAACCGGCUGCAGACGGAAUUUGAGGGUGUGAACUUGCCGAACUCUAUGGUCUUCGACUACCCGACAGUUUCAGAGCUGGCCGGCUACAUCAACAGCCAGUUGAGCGACGUCCCAGCCACUUCGGGCACCUCAGCGGCGCCAUCGGCACCGAAGAGCACCUCAUCCGAUAGCUUCGUUGAGCCAUUGAACAGCCACUGCGCAGGCGGCAUUGAAAGCGCCGACAGCCGGCCUAUCUUCUUGGUGCCGGGCGCAGGCAUGCAGGCGGGCAGCUUCCGCAGCCUGAGCUCGCGCCUGGGGCUGCCGUCCUACGGGCUGACUUGGCCCAUGGGGGUGGCGCGCAGCGAGUGGCCCAGCAGCUUGCAGGACCUCGCGAAGCAUUUCUUCAAGGAGAUCCAGAAGGUGCAGCCAACAGGGCCAUACCUGUUGGCCGGCCACUCCUUUGGCGCCAACGUUUGCCUAGAGAUGGCCAGCGUGGCGGCACAGCAGGGCCAGCAGGUGGCCAUGGUGGUCUUGCUGGACCCCCGCUCUCUGCUGCCGCUGCAAGUGGAUGUGCAGAAGGCCUUCGAGAACUCAGGCCUCGCGGAGAGUCUCGCACUUCUUUGCCAGACCUUGCCGCAGAAUGAGGCCACCAAGUACGAGGAGCUGCUUUCGACCCUCCGUGACACCGACCCGCAGAAUCGGGAUGAGGCCAUCAAAAAGGCGUUGAACCCAAGCGCAUUGGCCUCCUUGGAGCACCUGCAUGAAACGACGCAGUGGUACAGCAGCCUGCUGCAGACGGGCUCGGCUCCAGAAGUGCCACAGCAGACCCGCGUGGCGGUGCUGCGCGCGCCAAUGGCCGCGGCCUGA